AUGGUUGAAGCAGCACUCGACGACCUCAACGACCCCGGUAUAGGUGGCCAUACCCACCCCGCACGCGACCAUGCCGUCCCCUCGGCCCACCACCCGCCUCCCGACGCUCGCACGCGCCAAGACUCGCCGCCCGCGCUGGACGCCACCGCCCCUCAGCUGAACCCCUCGAGCCUGCGCGCCCGCCUCCUCCAGACCCUCGCACCCGCCGCUGCACCCGACGCCCCGUCGCACCACUCGCCGCCGUCGCGCCAGGGCAGCCAGGUGCGCGCCUCGUCGCUCCCGAACCUCGACCGCGACCACCGCGGCGGCGACCGCUCGCCCGCCCAGCUCGACGACGACUCGAUUAUCAAGGUGCAGCGCCGUCCGACCCAGGUCAGCGUCGUUCCCGUCGGCCGCCACUCGGCGCCCUCGACCUCGUUCGACCCCUUCGCCGCCGCCGGCACCGCCCCGUCGACCUCGGCUGCCCCGCACAACCAACAGCCGACUCGCGCUCCGCUCCUGAGCAAGGCCCUCCUCGAGCCCAAGAAGCCCGUCGGCAAGAACCCGUCGUUCCGCCAAUGCCUCGUCAACACGCUGCGCUACUCGUGGCUCAACGUCCUCCUCGUCCUCGUCCCCGUCGCGUGGGCCCUCGACCUGUCGCACCAGUCGCCGACCGUCGUCUUCUGCUUCUCCAUCACGGCCAUCGUCCCUCUCGCCGCCCUCCUCGGCUUCGCGACCGAGGAGCUCGCGAUGCGCGUCGGCGACGCUUUCGGCGGUCUCCUCAACGCGACUUUCGGCAAUGCCGUCGAGCUCAUCAUCGCCAUCCUCGCGCUCGUCAAGGGCGAGCUCAACAUCGUUCGCUCGUCGAUGCUCGGCAGCCUCCUGUCCAACUGCCUCCUCGUCCUCGGCGGCGCCUACUUUGCCGGCGGUAUCAAGUUCUACGAGCAGGGGCACUCGGUCCGCAACGCCCAGCUCAACGUCAACAUGCUCGGUAUCGCCGUCACCGCCAUCGUCAUCCCGGUCGGGUUCCACAGCUUCCUCAUCUCAGAAGGUCGCCAGACGGCGGCCUUGACCGACGACGCCGUCCUGCGCCUGUCGCGAGGCAUCUCGUUCAUCCUCCUGUUCAUCUACGGCUGCUACCUCAUCUUCCAGCUUUGGACGCACAGCUACCUCUACGUGCCGGCGCCGCCGCCCGACCCUCGUGCCCCGAUCAACAACCAGGCCGACGGUCCCCAGCCGCCGGUCGGUACUCGCGUGUUCCGCAUGCCGAGCCUGCCGAGCUGGGGCAGCUCGAGCACGUCGUCCUCGUCCAUCGGCCGCGGCGACGGGCGCCCCGCCUCGGUCCGCAGCCGGGCGUCGAGCUUCGCGCACGGCGACCAGCCGGCACCGUUUGUCAACGACGGCGAGGACGUCCACCUCGCCCGGGUCGUCACGACGCACAGCGCCCUCGAGCCGGUCGCCGCGUUCAGCGUGCACGCGACCGACGCGCAGGCGCAGGCGGCGCAGCGCGAGGGCUUCUCGUCGGCGGCGACCGUGCACGACCUCGAGAAGGGCGGCCUCGCCAAGGACGACCACGGCCAUACGCACGACGACCUCGAGCACCAGCCAAAGCUGUCGCCCUGGUUCGGGUUCGGGUUGCUCAUCGUCGUCACGGUCCUAACGGGUGUCACGGCCGAGUUCCUCGUCGGCUCGAUCGACGGCUUGACGGCCACCGGCAACGUCAGCAAGGAGUUUGUCGCGCUCAUCCUCCUGCCUGUCGUCGGUAACGCUGCCGAGCAUGUCACUGCCGUCACGGUCGCGACCCGCAACAAGCUCGACCUCUCGCUCGCCGUCGCCGUCGGCUCGUCCAUCCAGAUCGCCCUGUUCGUCAUCCCGGUCCUCGUUCUCCUCGGCUGGGCAAUCGGACAGCCGAUGGACCUCCAGUUCGACACGUUCGAGACGCUCCUCGUCUUCCUCGCCAUUCUCGUCGUCAACUUUGCCAUCGGCGACGGUCGCAGUCAGUGGAUGGAGGGCAUCGGCCUGAUGAUGAUCUACGUCAUCAUUGCCCUGGUCGUCUGGUUCUACCCGGGCUCGGCGAUCUAGUCAUUGUCGCACCUCGUCGUCCCCGCUUGCGUCCCUCCCUUCUCCUUCUUCUGCUCUAGUCCCCUCCCCGCACGACUCCUUCGAGUACCUGCCCUCCUCGACCGUCCUCGCGCCUGCCCCCGUAGCUGUACCACUCUCUGUCUGUCCGUGCUCCACGAUGAUUGCCAACGAACUCUGCCGUUUUGAAGCUCC